AUGAUAGAAGAAUUGGUAGAAGAAGUACUUGAAGCCAACGGUCAGGAGGAACAAGAAGAGGAAGUAGAAGUAGAACAAGAUGUCAUGGAAGAAAGAGUAGCUGAAAUCUCUUUUGAAGGCAAGACAGAGGAGGUGCUAAAGCAGGAAUUAAAGCCACUCCCACCUCAUCUCAAGUAUGCAUUUCUUCGAGAAGAGGAGACCUUGCCAGUAAUCAUUAAUUCCUCCUUAAACAUGGAAGAUGAAGCAAAGCUAGUUGAAGUGUUGAAAGCUCACAAGACAACUUUAGGGUGGACAAUCGAUGACAUCAAGGGCAUAAGCCCUACCAUAUGCAUGCACAAAAUCUUGCUGGAAGAAGACUCAAAACCUGUGGUGCAACCUCAAAGAAGGCUUAACCCAACCAUGAAGGAAGUGGCUCAAAAAGAGGUGAUGAAGCUGUGGAAUGCUGGAAUCAUCUACCCAAUUUCUGACAACCCUUGGUGGUGGAUCCCAAAGACUAAGAAAAGACAUCUUUCACCUGUCCGUUUGGAGAUUUUGCUUAUAGGAGGAUGCCUUUUGGGCUAUGCAAUGCUCCAGCAACCUUCCAAAGUGCAAGCAUGCCUUCGAAACCUUGAAAAAGAAACUCACUUCAGCACUAAUCAUCACACCCCAGAAUGGGGACUUCCUUUUGAACUAAUGUGUGAUGCGGUUGAUAUUGCAAUUGGUGCUGUAUUGGGACAAAAGAAAGAUAAGCUGCAUCAUGUUAUAUACUAUGCAAGCAAGGUGUUGAAUGAGGCACAGAAAAAUUACACCAUCACAGAAAAAGAGUUCUUGGCAAUUGUAUAUGCAUUUGAUAAAUUUAGACAAUACUUGAUUGAUUUAAAAGUUAUAGUGUAUACUGAUUCUGCUGCCCUCAAGUGGGUGCUUUUGCAACAAGAAUUUGACAUUGAAGUGAGGGAUAGGAAAGGAAGCGAGAACCAAGUUGCAGACCAUUUGUCAAGACUACCACAAGGGACCAACCAAGAUGAACCACAGCCAGUGAAUGAAAAAUUCCCAGAUGAACAUCUUCUCCAAGUCCAACAAGCACCUUGGUUUGCUGACAUUGUAAAUUACAAGGUGGGAAGAAGGAUUCCCCAAGAGUUCACCAAGCAACAAGUGAAGAAGUUGCUUAAUGAAGCCAAGAAAUUCUUGUGGGAUGAGCCCUUCCUAUUUAGAAGAUGUCCAUAUGGAAUGAUCAGAAGGUGUGUCCCUGAAAGUGAAAUGAGAGGCAUACUGUGGCACUGUCAUGGUUCAGCUUAUGAUGGACACUUUGGGCCAGAAAGAACAGCUGCUAAAGUGCUUCAAAGUGGAUUUUAUUGGCCAACCAUAUUCAAGGAUGCUUGA